AUGGCCACCGAUCCGAAUGCUUCUUCGAUUACCGUGGCGGUGAGGGUUCGCCCCUUCACCAUCAGGGAAGCGGCACAACUCGUCAAAACCGACGACAGCCCCGUCUUUCUCGGCGAUGGUUCACUCGCGGGGGCGCAGACCCCCAAGCUCAAGCAGCGGGGCAUCCGCAACAUCAUCAAGGUCAUUGACGACAAGUGCCUCGUCUUCGACCCCCCCGAAGACAACCCCGUCCAAAAAUUCAGUCGCUCGGUCGUCCCCGCCACUGGCAAAAAAGUCAAAGACCAGAUCUUCGCCUUUGACCGCAUCUUCGACCAGGACGCAACGCAAAUGGAGGUCUACGAGGGCACGACCAAAGGUUUACUGGAUAGCGUGCUGGACGGGUACAACGCGACCGUCUUCGCCUACGGCGCCACCGGCUGCGGCAAGACCCAUACCAUCACCGGCACGGCGCAGCAGCCUGGUAUCAUAUUUCUGACGAUGCAGGAGCUGUUCGAAAAGAUCCAGGAGCGCAGCGACGAGAAGAUUACCGAAGUGUCGCUGUCGUAUCUGGAGAUUUAUAACGAAACCAUCAGAGAUUUGCUCGUGCCUGGCGGGAGCAAAACCGGAUUGACGCUGCGCGAGGACGAGAAUAAUACCGUGACCGUCGCGGGGCUGACAAGCUACCACCCCAAGAACGUCCAGGAGGUGAUGGACAUAAUCAUCCAAGGGAAUGAGUACCGCACGGUGUCGCCGACCGCCGCGAAUGCCGUCUCCUCGCGCUCGCACGCCGUCUUGCAGAUCAAUGUUGCCCAGCGAGACCGCAACGCAGACCUCUCGGAGCCGACGACCAUGGCCACGCUGAGCAUCAUUGACCUCGCAGGCAGCGAGCGCGCGAGUGCGACGAAGAACAGGGGAGAGAGGUUGCUGGAGGGCGCGAACAUCAACAAGUCUCUGCUCGCCCUAGGGUCAUGUAUCAACGCUCUAUGCGACCCCCGCAAAAAGAACCAUGUCCCCUAUCGCAACUCCAAGCUCACACGACUCCUGAAGUUCUCGCUGGGAGGAAACUGCAAGACGGUCAUGAUUGUGUGUGUGAGCCCGAGCAGCGAGCACUACGACGAGACGCAGAACACGCUACGCUACGCCAACCGCGCCAAAAACAUCCAGACCAAGGUCAUGCGCAACGUGUUCAACGUCAACCGCCACGUGAAGGACUACCUGGUCAAGAUCGACGAGCAGAUGGCGCUGAUCAACGAACUUCGCGCGCAGCUCAAGGACGCCGAGAAGACCUUCCUGAGCAAGUUUCGCAAGAACCUCGACAAACGUGAUGCCGCGGUGCGCGAGGGUCUUACCCGCAUCCGCGCGGCGUAUGAGCACGCGUCCGCCGAGCGGCAAGACAAAAUCGCUUCGAUGAAGAAACUCCGCCAGGUCGAGCGCCGCACUUCCUUGUUGUCUGCCUGGAUCGCCGCGUUCGAUACCGUCUGCUCGGCACGCUUUUCUGGCGUCGAGGGCGACAUGCCCGCGGGGCUGGCCGCCAUGCGCAAGACGGCACACGGGAUUCUGUGCGAGCUGGAGGGCAGCAGGCAGCAUUUGCAUCAGCGGAUUGAGAGGGCGAAUUGGGAGCGGGCGUUGGAGACUGCGUUGAGUCAUUCCCUCUCUCUGCUGCCGAGUGAUUCGGGGCUCCUGGACGGGAGUGAGCGGGAAACCUUGAUGAGGGAGGUAGAGAUGUGGAAGGGGGCGUUUAUGCGGGAGGCGUAUGCCGCUGUGCUGGAGCAGGAGCGGACGUCGGGGGAUGUUGUCGGGGCAUUGCAGGGGGUUCUGCAGGCGCAGAUGGAGAUCAUGACCGAGUUAGAGGAUAUGAUGAGUCUCAGUAGCGAGGAGGAGGCGGCUGAGAAGGCGAGGGGGAUGAUUACGCGGUUGUUGGAGGAAGGGUAUAAGAGCGUGGGUAACGUGGUUAAGCCGGAUGGGAGCUUGGCCGCGAGUAUUAGUAGUGUGCCGGCGCCAGGGAAGCAUCGGAGGAAGAAGAGUCUCAAUGGGGUUAAGCCGGCGGGUAUUCUUGUGCCCGCUGCGCCGGUGUCCCCGAUGAAAGUGACUUCCCCGCGCAGGAGGAAGGUGGUCAUUGGCACUGGAGUAGGCAGGAAGAGCGUCUCGUUUACGCCGGUGAAAAAGAAGAGCCAUGUCAGGUGGAGGGAUGAUGAGAUGGAGGAUGGAACGUUGGCAGAUUAUGAUAAGACGCCGCAGCGGUAUUCCGAUGAGGAGGAGGAGGAGGAGGAGGAGAGGGGGAAGGGGGAGGAGCUGGACGGAGACCAGGGGCAGGAUGGGGACGAGAUGGAUGAGGAUGAGGAGCUUGCGCCGCCACCGGUGCCGGAUUAUCUCCAGAAACAGGAGAGAGGGCCGACGCCGCCCCCAAGAGAGAGGGAGAUGCACCCUACUGCUGCUGCUGGGUCAACUAUCAACCCCGACUCAUCGAUCCUCUCUAUCGCUGGUGCAAAACCGAACCGCUUCCAGGCCGGCUUUCUGUCUAAAUCGCGUGUCUCUCAAGUCCAUCAGCAGCUCUCACAACAACAGCCUCAGCCUCAACAACAGCAACCCAACGGGUCCCCUGUCCCUCCAUCCUUCUCUCUCCCCCUAACCACCUCCUCCCCCGACACAACCAUGGCCUCGGCUUCGAACUCUCCCCUCCGCAGCAUCCCCAUCUCCCGCGCCUACGCCUCCUCCCCGCAAGGGCGCUCGGCCAGCCCCAUCCCCAAGCCUCCUACCAUGUCUUCUUCAACAUUCCUCUCGCCGCUGCGCGAGGCAGAUUCCAGUGUGCUCUCUACCUCGUCCGAAAACGACCACCCCACGACUAUUAGGAGGCUCUCGCCGAAUAAUGCAAAAGGGUCCAGACUGCCAAGGGCGAGUUUUGGUUCUACCGCUUCAGUAUCUUCAGACACUGAGAACUCCAUUCUCAACCAUACCCCUACCAUUGGGUCAAGCACAACAACCACGACGACGACGAUGACGACGACGACGACGAUGAUGAUGACCACCGCGGCAGCGACGUCCAAGUCGGAUGGGGCAGGGGCAAAUAACACGGGGUUGCCCAUCGACCCGAUGAAUCUGCGUUCAGCCCUCGCCCAACGCCGCAGAUCCCUCCACAUGGCCGGCACCGCCUCGUCCAAUGCCAAGCGCCGCGUGAGUAGUGUCGGCGGCACGCUUGGCUCCCACACCGGGUCUGGUUCCGGCGCCGGGAUUGGGCACCGCCGUCGGUCGUCAGCCUCCGGUUUUGGGACCCUCUCCGGAGCGACCGGUUCAAGGAGGGCUAGCUCCGGCGGCGUCCUAGCCGCCGUCGGCGCCACGGGUGUCGGCAAAGUGAGCCCCCCGACGGCGGCAGCAAGGAGGGUUAGUAUCCUCUCCCCUACUUCCGCUACCUUCUCGGGCGUGACUAGUAUGAGUGGGAAGGGGAGUUUGCUGAUGAGGAGUCCGGGAAUGAUGGGUAAGUUGGUCAUUCGGACCAAGCCUAGACAAAACGGGGCUGUGGGAACGACGGGGUCGGUGUCGGGGAUGGGAGUAAUGAAGGAGAAUGCCAAUGCGACCGCGGAAGGUUUGGGUGGUAAGGCUAGGAGGGUUACUAUCGCUUCGGCCGGGGCGUUGGCUGCUAUGACGGGUGGAGUACAGGGGAGGGGGAAGACGGGGGUUGCGUGGCGGUGA